GCCCUGGGGACCGAGUCUCCACGCCGCCCGCCCGGGCCCGGAGCGGGGAGGCCGCGCCGCCUGGGCCGCCGCCGUCUCCUUCCGCCGGCCAUGCAUUCUUCCGGCUCCCGCAGCCCGGGCCGGGCCCCGGUCUGCCCGAGGCAGCCGCGAGGGGACUAGGGCGCCCGCGCGCCCGCUCGCGCCUCGGGCCGCCUGGGCCGCCGCCGCGUCCAUGACCGCGACCCCCGGGCCGGGGACUCCUGCCGCCGCCGCCGCUGCCGCCGGCCCUCAACCCUGUCGCCGCUCGCCGCCUGCGCCCGUUGAGAAAGACGGGAGCGACGCCAAUGUGAGCAUGGCUGUGACCGUGGAAGAAGCUCCGUGGAUGGGCUGGGUCGUCGCGAAAGCCCUGAUGAGAUUUGCCUUCAUGGUCGCCAACAACCUGGUUGCUAUUCCAUCCUACAUCUGCUAUGUAAUCAUACUGCAGCCCCUCCGGGUGCUGGACAGUAAGCGCUUCUGGUAUAUCGAGGGACUCAUGUACAAAUGGCUUUUAGGAAUGGUGGCAUCCUGGGGAUGGUACGCUGGAUACACAGUGAUGGAAUGGGGGGAAGAUAUUAAAGCAAUUUCUAAUGAUGAGGCGGUGAUGUUGGUGAACCACCAGGCAACUGGAGAUGUGUGUACAUUGAUGAUGUGCCUACAAGACAAAGGACCGGUUGUCGCCCAGAUGAUGUGGCUGAUGGAUCAUAUUUUCAAGUACACAAACUUUGGAGUUGUUUCUCUGAUUCAUGGGGACUUCUUUAUAAGGCAGGGAAGAUCCUAUCGUGACCAACAGCUGCUGGUUCUCAAGAAGCACCUAGAACAUAAUUACAGGAGCAGGGAUCGAAAAUGGAUUGUUUUGUUUCCUGAAGGGGGCUUCCUCCGGAAGAGGAGAGAAACAAGCCAGGCAUUUGCUAAGAAGAAUAACUUGCCAUUUCUUACACAUGUCACUUUGCCAAGGUUUGGGGCAACAAGCAUUAUCCUGAAUGCACUUGUAGCGCAGCAGGAAAAUGGAAGUCCAGCGGGAGGAGAUGCUAAAGGCCUAGAGUGCAAAUCAAGAGGCCUCCAGUGGAUAAUAGAUGCAACCAUAGCUUAUCCCAAUGCUGAGCCAAUAGACAUUCAGACCUGGAUCCUUGGAUACAGGAAGCCGACAGUCACUCAUGUCCAUUACAGGAUUUUUCCAAUUAAAGAUGUGCCCUUGGAGACGGAUGAUCUCGCCAGGUGGCUGUAUCAGCGGUUUAUUGAGAAGGAGGACCUCUUGUCCCAUUUCUACAGAACAGGAGCCUUUCCUCCUCCCCAGGGCCAGAAGGAAGCUGUUUCCAGGGAGAUGACCCUCAGCAACACGUGGAUAUUCCUCAUUCAGUGCUUUGCAUUUUUGUCAGGCUAUCUGUGGUACCACGUCAUUCAGUAUUUUUACCAUUGCCUAUUUUAGGAAAUGAUUUGGACUUGCCACGUAGGAGGAGUUCAGACUUCAUACAUGUGCUUUAUUUUACAUGUGCAAAUCUAAAUAUACAAAUCAAAAUAUAUAAAAAGCAAAGGAAAUUCAAAUGGAUGGAUUAAUGUUUAUCCCCCUUUGGGAUAUUUUAAAACUCUACUACAAUGAGGAGCAGUAAUACAAUGAGUGCUAAUGUAUUUAAGAACUUUUCAUGUUUUAAGGAGAUACACUCUGCCAUAUGUUUAUGCAAGCAUCACACUGGGAGAAGAGGAAAUCAUAAAAUCGUCCUAGAAGACUUGGAAAGAAACUGUUGCCACCAGAUGCCCUUGGUCAUGCCCCUGUUCAGAAGCUGGGCUCCUCUCUCUUAGGGCGGAGCUUCACAGUGUUAAUGUGUCCACCCGUCAUGCUGAGGACUAGUCGCCUUCUCUAACAAGCUGCAGUCCUCAAUCCUGGCUGAGGAGCAGUGUCCACUGUUCACGGAACCACUGUAUCCUGGGAAGGCUAGCUCAUCCAGCACCAUGCUAACAUGUGCUGAUGUUCUCCCCUGUCAGGGAAGGGGAGCACCACUUUCUCUUCGGUAUAGAAGGCACGUCAUCGAGUGAUAAUUGUAGUUUACAAAAUGCACUUUUAUCAGAUGCAAAUAUAACAAAGGGUAGUAACAUAGCCGGAAACAAAAGGAAGCCUCGUCGUGAGCAGGCUCUCAGGAGACUGUCCUGUCUACGUGCUUGCCCAUGAUGCACCUCCCCGACCCCACUCCCCUCCCCCAACUUUAACAUAGUAGCACCAAAUGUAUUUGAGGGCAGUUAAAGCAAAUUAAUGCAAACAUUUAAAUGACCAGUUUAAGGGAAGUAGACUAGCCUAUUAGGAAAUAAAACAGAAGCAGACAUUGGCUUGCAGUAUUGACAGGGCCUCCAGGUGCCCCAGAAUCUGUGCAGACAUCAGUGUGUUCUGUCAUUAUGUCAAGCGGCUGCUCUUCUCAGGGUAGCAGGACCAGGAGACAGCAGCUCAGGACACCUCCCAGUCUCUUGCAGUUGUUUUUGAAGAGGGCAGAGUCAGGCAAGUUUCUGUCAUUGUGUUCUUGUGAUUUACCUCACAGGAGAACCAGGCUUUGCAAAAAGUACAGACACUGCCUCGGUAUUGAGGCAGAGGGUUUGGUUUAGGAUAAUAAAAUGUUUAAACCGGAAUAAGGCAGCUGGAGUGGCAUGAACACUGUAGAUUCCCCUAUUGGCUAACAGCACAAAUAACAAUUCUGAGAAAUAGGCUGUAAAACAAAAGUAAAGACUAAUGUUUUCUGUUUUUCAAAUAAACCAAAAAAAAAAAAAAUAAAAAGAGGAAAAUGUGCAAAUUUCCCCACUUUUACGGGAAAGGCUGAACAACAGCAGAUAAAAGCCCAUAGCACCUCAUCUUCAGCAGACCCAGAGCACAUGUGGGAGGGAAUGACGUGUUAGCUGGUGUACCUCACCCCACCAGACCACACCACUGCUGUGCGGGAGCAGCUGUUCUCAGACAGAGCUGUUUGCUCUGUCUACAGUGACAGUGAGUAGGUGGAGAAAGCUGCUUCACCUGGAAAUGAUGGGCAGCCAGAGAGAGGCUGCUCAGUGCUUCUAUCUGAGGCCCAGGAAAGGCUGGGUGAAUCGAAUGGAGGCAUCAGCCGGCCAUCUGGGGGGAAGUUGUUCACUAGCUAGCAGCCUAUUUCCUCAGUGCAAAGUAAGCCGCAGACUGCAGUGGGCAGCUCCUAGAUGAGUCUGUAUAUCCAUCCAUAUGUGCAGACAGAAUUGUGGCUCUGGCCCCCUGCUACCACUGCUGUGCUCCAGAGGACAUGAUCUUUGAUCAUACUGUACAUGGGGAACCCGCUCCCUAAGCGGCAUCACUUUCAGAUGCAGUUUGAUUUUCACAGUCUCUAGAGUGACAAAUGAUAGAUUUGUGUAACUUUUGAUAAUAUACCUGAGCUACAAAUAGAUAUGCAUUUGAUCUGUCCUACACAUCUUCAGUUCAUUCAGCGUGUCUUCUGUGUGCAAAGAGUAUUUCUUCUGUGUUUGAGAGUAAUGAUAGUAGUUCCUUACCAGGAACUGGAGUCCACCUGCAUGAGCAAAUUAGGAAAUGUGAAGAACAGGUAUUCUUCCUAACAGUCGGGGAAACUGCAGUAUGCCACUGUAGAGAACAGAAUAAAUUUCCCAUUUGUACUGUGUGUGAAGAAAGGAAGUUAAUGUCUCAAGAUAGGGGGAAAAGUGAGUAAAGCCACACCAGUUUUCACAGGCACCCUUUAGGGCUGCGGCUCUUUGCCUCCAGCUGGACUGCCUGCAGACGGGCUGGGCAACUCGCUGCUAGAGUCCUUGGACCACAGACAAGACCGAGCAACAGCUCACCUCGCCCAGUUUCAGAAAUACAUGUGUGACUGAGCAGCCCAUAAGCAGUGGAAGCAAAGAAAAGCCAGAAUGGGAUGAAGCUUGAAUAGAUGAACUAGUUAGAUGAGAAUUUAGUAAAGUGUAAAGUGAUAGCUGUGGAUUCAGAUCUGUCAUGUAUUAGUGUUUGGUAUUACAGCUCUUAAAUUCCUAUAGCAGAGAACUUGGGAUUGCUGAAUAAGUAGUCAAUUACAGGGUAGUUAAUUCAGUAUUAAGUCAUAGGAAGCCAAAAAAUAAUUUUUUUAGGAAUUUCAGACAACCAGCAGGAAGAGAAAGCACCAAAGCCAGCAUAUAUGACCCGUGGGCUGGACAGGCAUCUCUGAACAAGACAGAGUUGGUGCAGCUGAAAUUGUCCCACCCAUGGCGGCCUCUGAUGUGGUUGUCUGGAUCAGUGUUGGAAAUGCCACCUCAUUCAUGGCCAUGUGUGUGGCUCCCUUCUUAUUAAUUUGUCUUAGUGAUGUGUUUUGGCAAUCGGUGAACACUGAAGACUCUUAUCAACUUGGUCCCGGUUGUAGUCACAGAAAGUAGUCUUUGACCACAGGAGUCUUCUGUGUCCCAUUCAUGUUUGUUUGCAUUACUGAACAGGAGGAGUUAACUAAUGUUUUGUGGUUUUUCAUCCUUUGCUUUGAAGUCACUGCACAACAGUGAACAGAGAAUUUUGCUCCAGAGUUACCAUUACAGAAAGUGUAUUCAGCUCUGUCCCACACAGGGUGGAAGAUAAUGGUGUCUUCUAUGGGAUUUUUGCCCUACGAGUGCUGUGAGCCUUCCAGCUGCAGGCAGGAGAGUCAGAGGAGCUCUGAGUUACAGGUGUGCUAGUUCAUGUCGUGAUGGGACCAAAACCACCUAAGUUGGAAAUUUCUGAAGCAGUCAGUGGUUGGUGCUGUGUGGCAGUCAUUUUGUACCAGCCCCCAGUAGUUACCCAGUGGGCUCUGAGAAGAAGCUGCAGGUUCCCAACUGUUGGGGAGGAAUGGCAUAGUCACAUAAGGUGCAGUCUUGGGCUAUCUGCAGAAAUGCCAUCUGAGGAAUUUUUACAUUUAAUAUUUUUUUAAAACAGUCUAAAGAGCAAAAAAAAAAAGUAUGUAUAUUAUAGUUGCAAAGUAUGCAGAUGCUUUGAAUGACUUUAUUUUUAUUGUGUAAAACUGUUGAACACGACUGUGGUGCACAAAUUCUUUACAUGUAAGGAGUCUAUGCAUUUUACAGUAACAUCUUUUGAUUGGGUAAUGAGACAGUUAUACAUUCAACUGCCAUUGUUUUUAUUAAGUGCUUUCACUUCCUUUGCAAUUAUUACAAAGUUGUAUUUAUUUUCUACAGACGCAUUUUUGUUUUCAUAAUGCUGUAAUGUUUACUUCAGCUUGUUGAACUUCCUUUGUGAUCCGCAUGUCACAGUGUGUUUUAAGAAUGUAAAGGCUGUGGCAACUGCAAUUUACUUCUGUAAAGGGCUGGUCACAUGUGGAUCUGGUUUCUGAAUGCAUUAGGGAUGAUUUUACCAGAUUACCUUUUCAGAAACUUAGAUAUUGUGAAUACCAAAAGAAGCAUUUUCUCAGCAAAAAUUAAUAGCUGGUUCUAUUUUUUUUAAUGUAGAGAAAAUAAAGUUGAUUCUUUUUUUUCCAAAACAAUGCUUUUAAUUCUUAAUAGUGGGGAUGGGUAUCUGUGCUGUCCCGGAGCUUCACAGUGUGAACCGCUGGCGCUCAUGCCUGGAGCUCAGCAUUCAGUGGCUGGUGAGAAAACUAUCUGCUUCCUUCCAGGACUUAAAAGAUUUGCCCUUCCUCAAGUCUUCUCAUUUGUUGCGUGAUGGUAAAUGUUUAGCAGUCCUCUCUCUUGGAGAAAAUUAUGUAUGUAAGUGCACAUACAUAUGUAAUAAAUUUUGCUUAUAACAUUUAAUGCAAUUAGCAAAUAAUAAAAUAUAAUUGGUUUUUACAUUAUAAUUGUCAUUGCUGAACCCUCAGAGCCAACCUGUGACUGAGUAUCAACCAUGAUUUGAUUGAUAGCGUUAUGUCCUGAUAUCCUAACCAUCUCCACAUAGACUGUUAAUCAAUCUAGUGUUUGACUUAUUACUAGACUCUUACCCUUGUACAGAGCCUCCUUUUAGCUUCAACAUUAAUUAGUUUAGAUAAUUCAUUUUUAAUUAUAUUAAAACCCUAAAAUUAAAUGAUAAGAAGCCAGGCGAUGGUGCACACCUUUAAUGCCGGCACUCAGAAAGCAGAGCAGGCAGAUCUCUGAGUUUGAGGCCAGCCUGGUCUACAGCAUGAGUUAGUUCCAGGACAGCCAGGGCUACACAGAGAAACCUUGUCUCAAAAAACCAAAACCAGUAAACAAUUGAUCACCUCUUGGAGGCAAGUCAGAAAGUCAGAGCUACCUUCACCACAAUACUGUCGUCUUUCUGUGUUUUGAUUUGACUCAUUAUUAGCAUUGGAUACAAUUCUCAGAAUUGAUUUACUCAUUGCUCCUUGCAGGUUGUGAAGUGUGGGAAAAGCACGGAUAUGGCCAUGGGGAGGCUGACGGCAGGUAGCCUUUCAGGGCGCACUGUGGCCAGCACAUGGCCAGCACGCUUCGCCGCUCAGAGCUGAGUAAAUGCAGGACAAAACAUUGAUGGUUUAAUUACUUGUUUGUAAAAUAUGUUUGACCCCGUUGAGAACUUUUAAUGUAUUAAAAUAUCUCACACAAUCCUACCAAAUAAGUUAAGUAGUUAGUAUUCAGUCUACCUCUUCUUUUCCUGGCUGGAUUUAGGCUGCUGGUAGGGGGAGGCUGCGAUUUUAUUUCCCCUAUGAAGUACUUUAUGUGGAGAACAGCAGAUUCGGGGCUCUCUGAGAUCUGUUGCUGACCAGCCCUACACCCCACAAGGUGGGGGAAAGCCAUUGUUUUUAAUUCCCACUUAAUAUGAAAAUGUUUGUUUUAGAAAAAUGUUUCUUGCUGGUGAAAAAUGUAUUUUUAAAAGGAAAAACCAAAUCCUCUUUUGGUCCGAGGAGUCAGCUGUAUGAGCAGGUGUGACCGUGUCAUAACAUGCUGAUGUCAUAGAAAUCAAUAAAUUUUUACCUCUCAGGA